GAUCAAGACAUCUGCAUAUUAUAUUGGUUCAACUUUCUUGGUCUCCAAGCCAAGUGUAACACGGAAGUAAAUUUCGUCCAACUCUUUGAUAGUUGCCACCAAACUUUGACUUGUCAAUUUCCACAAAUAUAUGCCACGAGCCUUAUAUAAACAUGUAGUCUUGCACUCCUAUUUUUUGGUACAAUACAAAGUAUAAGUAUCCAAAGACAUUCUUUUCCAUUCUACUUUUGCUUGUAAAACAUGUCAGGUGACCUGAAGUUAGGACCUCAUGUAGCUCUCCUUCCAAGCUCUGGCAUGGGUCAUUUGACACCCUUCAUUAGGCUUGCUGCUUCACUCACAGCACUCGGUGUUCAAGUCACUUUCAUCACUCCCCAUCCAACACUCUCACUUGCUGAAUCUGAGAGUUUAUCUCACUUUUUCUCCACCUUUGCUCAAAUUACCAGAAAGCAUCUUCACCUCCUUCCACUUGAUAAUCCUUCUGUCAAUACCGAAGAUCCAUUUUACUACCAUUUUGAAGUCAUUAGACGCUCUUCUCAUUUACUCUCUCCCAUCCUCUCUUCAUUAUCUCCACCUGUUUCUGCUCUUAUCACAGACAUGAGCUUGGCCUCCACAGUUAUUCCUAUAACUGAUGCUCUUAGGCUUCCCAACUACGUUCUCUUCACAUCGUCUGCUAAAAUGUCUAUACUAUUCUUGUCUUUCCACACCAUGGUUGGAACAAAAGCCUCAGGUGACUCGAAUUUGAUGAAAGAUGUUCAAAUUUCGAGCUUAGAACCAAUAGCCAGAUCAUGGAUUCCCCCACCACUUCUACACGACGAUGAUAAUCUCCUAAAGAGUUACUUCAUAGAGAAUGGGAAGAAAAUGACAGAAUCAAGUGGAAUUCUGAUCAACACAUAUGAAAGCAUAGAGCAUGAGUCAUUAGCGGUGCUAAGCGAUGGCAAAGUAGUCAAGAAGCUUCCUCCAGUGUUUGCCAUAGGGCCGCUUCCUCCGUGUAAUUUCCAGAAGGGCCAAUCUUUAGCUUGGCUUGAUGAUCAGCCAGCUGGAUCUGUGUUGUAUAUCAGCUUUGGGAGUAGGACUGCCAUGUCAAGGGAGCAAAUUAGAGAGUUGGGUGAUGGAUUGGUGAGAAGCGACACUGGGUUUCUAUGGGUCGUUAAGGAUAAGAAAGUUGAUGUGGAAGAUGACAGCGAAUUGAUUGAGGUUCUUGGACAUGGUUUAAUGGAGAGAAUCCAGGGGAGAGGAUUGGUGGUGAAGAACUGGUUGAACCAAGAGGAGGUUCUAAGCCAUCAAGCAAUUGGUGGUUUUUUAAGUCACUGUGGCUGGAAUUCCGUGAAUGAAGCUAUAUGGCAUGGCGUGCCCAUGUUAUCAUGGCCACAACAUGGGGACCAGAAAAUUAAUGCAGAUUUGGUAGAGAGAAUUGGACUGGGAAUGUGGGUGGAGAAUUGGGGUUGGGGUGGAGAUGAGCCGGUGGUUAAAGGAGAAGAGAUUGCAGAGAGAAUCAAAGAGUUAAUGGGGAACCAGCUCCUGAGAUCCCGAGCUACGCUCGUUAGAGAAGAGGCUAGGAUGGCAGUUAGAGCUGAUGGAAGUUCAUAUAAGAAAUUCAUCGAUCUCAUCGAGACUUGGAAGACCUUUUAGCAUGCCAGUUUAUUUAAACUUGUUUUCUCUGUUAUUUCUCAGUUUAUUUUCAUGAAUGAUUUCAAAAUACAAUAAAGUUAUGGCUCGAAACAGCCUUGGUUUA